AUGGCGAUCCCCCCACCAUCAAAGAUGGCAGGAUCAAACCCAGCCGCCAACACCCGGAGGAUGCGGCGCAUCAUUUCAGAGGAUCCAGAAUGGUCCCUGACCAUCGUACCCAGACUCACUGAGCUCUGCUUGCAGCACAUUGUCAGCAACUUUGAAAACAACCCUAUUCUCACCCAGCUCCUACCAGACCAGCAGCGGAGGGUGCUGGACCGCCUUUCCACCAACCUGCCCCUGAAGGUGGUCGCCAAUCUGAUUACAGAUGAGAGCUACUGGCGGCGCCGCUGCAACCAGCGCUGGGCGGUGGGCCACGUGGAGAAGUAUGGAAACAACUGGAAACGAAUGUUUUUCGAGAGGCACCUCGAGGAGCUCUUGAAACUUUUCAUCCCGGGGACCACGGACCCCAACGUGAUCCUGGACCUGGUGCCUCUCUGCCAGGACUACGUGAUCAGGCUCCGAGUGGACCAGUUCCUGCCCCCUGUGAAGCUGGAACAGCCGAUCCAGGAAAUGGACCAAUCAGAUUCGGCCAGCGAGAAUGAGCUGGAUGAGCUCAACAUGGACCACUAUCAGCUGGGGGACCUGGUGGCCGGACUCCGAAGGCUGGAAGAGCUGGACCUGGUGUUUGGAAUGAAGGACUGUGGCAUGAACUUUGAGUGGAACCUCUUUCUCUUCACCAACCGAGAUUGCCAGUCGCUGGCCGCCACGAUUAAGGCCUGUCACACCCUCAAGAUCUUCAGACUGACUCGGAGCAAGGUGGAUGACGAGAAGGCUCGUAUCCUGAUUCGAAGCCUCCUGGACCACCCAGCCCUGCUGGAGCUAGAUCUGUCCCACAACAAUAUUGGGGACCGAGGUGUUCGGGCUGCAGCCAAGCUGAUCAACCACAGUCAACUGAAGAUCCUCAACCUGGCCAACAACAAAAUCAGAGCGUUGGGAGCCCAGGCCUUGGCCCAUGCUCUGUCUUACAAUACUACUCUCCUCUCCCUCAACCUUCGACUCAACUGCAUUGAGGAUGAGGGUGGACAGGCCCUGGCCCAUGCCCUCCAGAACAACUCAACUCUCACCAACCUGCACCUGGGGGGCAAUGAGUUGUCUGAGCCCACAGCCACUCUGUUCUCCCAGGUGCUGUCUGUCAAUACCACCCUGACCUGCAUCAAUCUCUCCUGCAACCACAUUGGUCUGGAUGGUGGGAAGCAGCUCUUGGAGGGCAUGUCCGACAACAAGACCCUGAUGGAGUUUGACCUGAGAAUGUCUGAGAUUGGCCAAGAGAGUGAAUACCUCAUAGGUGUGGCCCUCAAUGCCAACCAAGAGGCUGCUCGUCUUCGGACCUUGCAGCCUACGUGCUGUCAUGUAACAGUCAGUCAUAUAAUCAAUAACGCUGCGGGUUGA